AUGACGGUGACCAACGCAGCAGGCAUGACAGUCAUGACCGACACAACAGACGACGAUCUCGUGAUAAGCACUGACAGCGGUGACCCGACGCAGCAGGCGCUGACGGUCGUGACCGACACAACAGACAUGACAACGGUGACCAGCGCAGCGGACAUGACAGCGGUGACCGACAAAGGGAUGCAGCAAGCAGUGAGGGGGCUUCCAGUGCAGGCGUGCUGGAGGGGGCUGGGGGCCAGGCUACAGCCUCCCCGCCCGCUCCUCUCCUCCGCUGCAGAUUACGUCACCGUGGCUGGCUGGAAGACACCCUGGCUCUCACAGAGUCUGGAGGAGGAGGAAUGGAGUGAGAGGAGAGUUGAUGGAGCUCCCAUGGGGUGCCUGGGAGUGUGUGGAAGCACCAGGGGGUGUGAAGCAACCACAGCCAAACAAACUUGCCACCUACAAAAUCUGCAAAGAAUAGAAAAAUCCACACAGAGCAAUAUAAGGCUCGUUACCUUACCACAACGCCUCCACCACCACCACUACCUGCCUAAUGCCUCUGUCUCCCCCCCUCCCCCACCCCCUUCCCCCCCACAGGUCAUCUUCAGCCAGAGUUCUGAGCUGGAGCGGCAGUCCUCGAUGGCCUCGUCCACAGAGGAGGUCUCGGUGGCCCCGGGCGACAACGACCGCACGGCUGACGACAUGACGUCCUCGGAGAAGCAGUUUGCGGUGUUCAAGGACUUCGACUUCCUGGAGUAUGAGCUGGAGAGUCAGGGAGAGGAGAGUGUAGACAACUUCAACCUCUGGGGCGUGAGGCGUCGCUCCCCAAGCAACCUUGGGGAGGGAGACUUUUCCAGCCACUUGGAGGACAUGCAAGGUGCCGACCUGACCCCAUCCCAUGCCAAAAAGGUCAUUCCGCCAGCCGAGCAGUGGUGGGAGGGAGGAUCAGUCUCCCCUAUUGACGACCCAAGUCUCGGUGGGAGUGGCGUUCAGUGGAUCGACCACCAUCACCACCAUCAACCCCCAGUGGUGUCUUCGGCUGCCUCCACUUCUGUCUCAGCGCCGACACCCAAGUUGACGCUGGAUACAAGUACUCGCCGCCCAGCCUCACCGACCUCCAUAUCAGAGUACGUCACUAGUAGUGAAGGAGACCUCGGGGACAUGACGCCCUGCAACCCCUCCCCAAGCAUCACCGCCAUGCUUUUCCGCCCCAUCCGGCAGCCUAACGACCUAGAAGAUACCUGGCGUGCACACCUGCUCUCUCUCAUCGCCACAGACGCCCCCAUCGCCCACCCCAACCGCACCUGUACUCUCUUCAGCACUGUCUUCUCUGAGAGUGUGAUGAAGUUCAGUGAGCUGGUCGGGGAGAGCAUCCAGUACUUGGUGAGGCGGGAGAUGAACCACGCCUAUGUGUCCUUUCUCCCGCACAUGGAGGGUGUGUCAGGGACGGCUCCUCUCCCUUAUGUGUUUGUGGACACCAUGCUGCUCACGUCGACGCAGCUCACCCCUCGCUUCCGCUCCACCUUCAUCGCCCUCCACGAACACCUUGACACCUACCUUGACAAACGGGACAAUGCCAACAGGUGUCUAGACGGCAUCAAGUCAACAGUGAAGCUUCAGAACCUAGGGGAGAGUCUUCCCGAGCUGUGUCCUGAUGAGCAGCACACUGACUUGUGCCGCUGCCUAUACAAGCUGCACUUCCAGCUGUCUCUGCUGUACGACACUUAUGCCAAGCUGCUGCUGGUGAUGCUGCAGGCCGCCCGGGCCACACAGUCAAGUGAUCACAGUGUUGAGCUCAGCACCCUCCAGGGCAAACUUGUGGCAGCUGCAGAAACCCUGGACUCCACCCCACCCACCACCCCCACUCGUAGCUCCCAGUCCCUCCCGCCGGAGGGAGUUGCCAGAAGACGUAUUUUGUUGCAGGGUGAGGAGGGUGAGUGUGAGAGUGUUGGAGGAGAGGAGAGUGAAGUUGGCAGUGCCUGUGAGAGCAGUUUGGGCCGCACCGAAGGAGGUUCACCAGUCAGCUCGUCCUCCUUGGGCUCACAGUCCCUGGAGCUGCCUGUGGUGCCCCCAGCCUCCCAGCCUGAGGCAGAGCUGCAGCUGCUGCAGCUUGUGGCUGAUCAGCGCUGGGUUGGGGCGCUGCAGUUUGUGCGGCAGCACCGAUCCCUGUGGCCCAGAGAGGCCUCUUCAGCCCAUGAUGAAAUCACCAUCAUUCUCAACACGUACUGCACCUACCUAGCAGACAAGAAGCCAGGAAUGAUUGCAGUGUGCGGGACAGAGGGGGAGCUGCAGGAAGCCAUUUCCAGGCUCAUGGACAUCAACAUGUCUGCACACUCAGCCCUGCGUGCGAUUGAACAGACCCCACACCAGGUGCGGGACCCGCUAGACUCUGUCAUCCAUAAACAGUGUUAG